GUCCCUUGCGGCCGCCGUAGUCAAGUGGCCGGUGGAAUUGGCCCAGGAUGACAGCUGGAGAAUGGAGUCAGUUUUAUCCAAGUAUGAAAACCAGAUUACUAUUUUCACUGACUACCUAGAAGAAUUUCCGGAUACUGAUGAGCUGGUAUGGAUCUUGGGGAAACAGCAUCUCCUUAAAACGGAAAAAUCUAAGCUGUUGUCUGAUAUAAGUGCUCGUCUAUGGUUUACAUACAGAAGGAAAUUUUCACCAAUUGGGGGAACGGGCCCUUCAUCAGAUGCUGGCUGGGGAUGUAUGCUACGCUGUGGACAGAUGAUGCUGGCUCAAGCCCUUAUCUGCAGACACUUGGGAAGAGCACAAAUGGGUGUGGGAGAAGGGAAAUCAAUUGGCGAAUGGUUUGGACCAAAUACAGUUGCACAGGUGUUAAAAAAACUUGCUUUAUUUGAUGAAUGGAAUUCCUUGGCUGUUUAUGUUUCAAUGGAUAACACAGUGGUCAUUGAAGAUAUCAAAAAAAUGUGCUGCAUCCUUCCCUUGAGUGCUGACACAGCUGGUGAGAGCCCCCCCGGCUCUCUGAAUGCUUCGAACCAGAGUAAGGGCACCUCUGCCUGCUGGCCAGCCUGGAAACCCCUGCUGCUCAUUGUGCCCCUUCGCCUGGGCAUAAACCAAAUCAAUCCUGUCUAUGUUGACGCAUUCAAAGAGUGUUUUAAGAUGCCACAGUCUUUAGGGGCAUUAGGAGGAAAACCAAAUAACGCCUAUUAUUUCAUAGGAUUCUUAGGUGAUGAGCUCAUUUUCCUGGACCCUCACACAACCCAGACUUUUGUUGACACUGAAGAGAAUGGAACGGUUGAUGACCAGACUUUCCAUUGUCUGCAAUCCCCGCAGCGAAUGAACAUCCUGAACUUGGAUCCUUCUGUAGCAUUGGGAUUUUUCUGCAAAGAAGAAAAAGACUUUGAUAGCUGGUGUAGCCUUGUUCAGAAGGAAAUUCUAAAGGAAAAUUUAAGGAUGUUUGAAUUAGUUCAGAAACAUCCAUCACACUGGCCUCCCUUUGUUCCUCCAGCCAAGCCAGAAGUGACAACCACUGGGGCAGAAUUCAUUGACUCUACUGAACAACUAGAGGAGUUUGACCUGGAGGAAGAUUUCGAGAUUCUGAGCAUAUAGAAUAGUGGGAACUCAACUUGGAGGUCUGUCUUCCAUCUGGCACCAGAAGAACAUGAACUCAUCACAUAAAACUUUUCUAGUCAGCAAGUGCCUGAUAUGCCAACAGCACACAAACUUGAUAGCAAUCAUGACUGAGCCAAUCACCAUUUCUCAGAAAAAACGAACAAACAACCCUUCCCCAGAAAGAACUAGAACAAUCAUGGAAUCUAGGAGCAGAAAGAUUAUGUGUCAUCCCUUGCUUCCAAGCUUGUCUUACAUGGCCACAGCGAGUCUUCAGCUACUGAAAUGAGGAGGCGGACAUCUGGAAGACAGACAGCAACUUCCACCUUGCUUCAAGCACCAGCAGAUGAGAGGUGGUUACCCUGCGCUUCUUCGCCCUGUCAGGUGUGACCUCUUUUGGGCUAAAUACUAAGAAGCAGUCUGUUCUCUUGCUCUAAUAAUAAAGUGAUUGCAUCAGGGAGAAAAA